AAUACUAUCAAGUCUCCUCCAAUUCAUGGCUUCUACUUGCUACUUCCUCUCAUUUCCUUCACUGUCCAAGCCAUUGCCACCGUCUCUUCUCCCUCUCAAAUUCUUCACAGCUCGGCCCUGCAAAACCCAAUCCACCAACUCAUCUUCCUCCGCCACCACAGCGGGCGUCCAAGAUGAUCCCAAAACAAACUCUCUGCCCAUGUCCAUCGAUAACCUUCACCGCUUCUUUGACCUCAAUGUAGGCAAAUGGCACGGAUCUUUCCACCAAUUUGAUGCUAAUGGGAAAUUGAUGCAAAAAGUGAGCACAAGGCUUUCUGUCAGCUCUUAUGGAGAUGAUGAACUCAUUAGUCUCAUUCAAACGCUAUAUAUAAAGCAACGGCCAACAAGCACUUCAAUCUCUGAAUAUGAUGAGGAGCCAGAAUGGGCUGAAUAUAAAAUAAAGGAAACCAACAUGUUCACUGUGGAUAAAUAUCAACAGAUUGGCUUUUUCCCCAAUGAGAGGGCUUUCGCCCUAAGGUACCAAACAGCUGGCAUGUUAGAAACUGUGUUAAGGCAAGGAGUGCUGGGGGAAGAUGACACUGGAGAAGAAACUCCUAGAAAUCUUAAGCUUCCUUCUCGGCUGCCUUCUAUUGUAUGUGAGAACUGCCUAUAUUCACAAGAGAAAGAUAGACGAGCAAGAGCUUUUCAUAUCAUGGAUCCAAAAGGCAUUUUAGAAAUGCUUCUUAUCUUUCUUGAGGAUAGAGGAGACAGGGUCCUAUCUCAUCCUUCACUUGAAAAUAACAUUGAUAGCGUAAACAGGAUCCUUCCAUUUCUUGGUCAGUGGAAAGGCCAUUCUAUAACCAAACGUAGUGGUGUUUAUGGAUCAACAAUUGCUGAAGCUGAUACAGUAGCUUUGCUUGAAAUGGAUGAUAAGGGUCAGCUGAUCCAGGUUAUUACUUCAACAUCUGAUCAACAUGAUGUUAAAACUAAUGUGCACUGGACGGGUAACGCAGCAGACAACUUGGUUACAUUUGAUGGAGGAUAUCAGAUUACAUUAUUACCUGGAGGCAUGUACAUGGGAUGUCCUUCUGACAUUGCAAAAAGUGUUGCAGUAUCUAAGUCAUUUCAUCUGGAGUUUUGUUGGCUUGAGUCUCCUGGCAAGAGACAAAGACUGGUUAGAACUUACGAUGUAGAAGGCUUGGCUGUCUCAUCAACUUAUUUUUCUGAAACUAAGUUCAGCGUAGCCGCAUGGUCAUUUUAUGGUUUUCUUUACAGAAUAGCGCAAAGAAAGACCAGUUGUGAUUUUCUCUGAGUACAGAAUAGAGCAAAGAAAAACCAGAGGUCUAUUGUUGUAGGGUGAACUGAGGCAUGUAUAGUUUUAGUUGUAUUUUGGCAUAUUUCCUGGAAAGCCCAAGCAGGGUGUUGGGAUUUCCAUGGUUUUACAAAAGAGAAGCCUUGUUGAGCAAACACUGGACAGUAAUCUGCUAUUUCUCCUAUUAAUGAUGCAGUGCGUGUGUUACUACAAGUAGUGAUUGGGACUAUAGGAUUAAAUGUUUCCUUAUGUAAGAAUGAUUGCAUGUGUUGUUAAGGAAGGAUUAGAAAUGUACAACAGACAUGCUUAUUUCUUUUUAUUAAUAACGCUUUAUCAA